AUGGGCCCAUCGAGCAAAGACAGGGCGUCCGAGGUGUCGGCAAGCGUCCUUACCGCCAGCGAUGAGCGACCCCGGCGGAGCAAGAGCGAGCGCGAGCGGGUCAAGAGCCGCGAGCGGUCGAGGGAGAGAGAUGGUAGAGAUAGGGACGGGGACCGCGACCGCGACCGUGACAGAGAACAUCGCCACCGCAGCACUCACAAGUCCACCAAGUCGCGCAGCUCCAAGAUGGCCGCCGACGGAGAAUCCCAGACCUCGACCACCACAUACCGCCGACCUCGCACCGAGGAGGAGAAGCUGCAGAGACACCGCGAGAGGAAAGAGGAGAAAGAGCGAGAGCGUGAGGAGAGGAAGAGGAAGACGGGCUCAAUGAGCGACCUGGUCCCCGAGAUGAGCAGGAGUUCGCUGCAGGGCAGCAGGGUCAGCUUGCCCUACCCAACUUUCAACAAGGCCCAUAGCAAGGAGUUCGUCGGCGCCAGCAGGGAGGAUCUCUCCGUGCCGCCAAUGCCCGACCGCGAACCACCCACCCCCGACCAGACAGACCUGGGUUCCAAGGUCAGCAAGAGGUCCAAGUCACUCAGUCGCUCCGGAAGUAGUGCCAGCGGCAGCAAGAAGACGGCCAAGAAGAAGGAUGACCGACCGCCGAGCCCGCCCGACACCGAAAUGUCGGGCGAGAAGCGACGAACCCAUACUUCGACGUCGCAUCUUAGAGAAAGUGACGACAGACCGAGCUCGAGGACCAGCGGCGUUUCGAGGUCGAGUUCGAGGCGCGACGACAAAUCAAAACUGUCUACCAAGUCCAAGACAUCCAGUCAGGCUACCUAUGUCAAGUCGAAGGCGACUCCCAAUAUCCAUCUUACGGCCGGCGCCCGCUCUGCUGCUACCUCUGUUCUCCCAAAGCGGAUGAACUCGAGGCAAUCGAGGCGGUCUGACCGCACUGACGACGAUUCUCCAGAAUCGGUCCAGGACUCUUCACCGAAGACCCCAACCGCAACACCACAGUUCCCGCCCCCGCAAAUAUUUCCCAAUGAGAGACAACAGCCUCCCGUGGCUUUCGACGAGAAGGAUCGUCCCACGCCUGCCGCAACACCGAUGACCGACUUUGGUACUCCACCUCCACCACCUCCCCCGCCGCCGCCUCUCAACAUCCAGGAUGUACCAAGAAUCGACUAUCUCAUGCAGAAUGGUGGUCUGAUGCACCCUAUACCCAAGCACUUCCUUUCCGUCAUACCAAAGCAGAACGGCUCACGUCCUUCAAAUCCGCCCCUGGUCGGUACUGAAGUCAUGUUUGCGCCCUUCUUCAAUCUUCUGGAUAAAUAUCAGGACGUUAUCCACAAGCAAGGCUCGGUGGCAGUGGCAACUGGCCACAAGACCGUAGCGAGGCGGUUGCUGGACAGACUGGAGGAUGUGUUCUCGCGAGACCUACCUGCCGAAGGCUGCUCGUGUGUCAUGUGUGCCAAGACGCCUGAGGAACACCGCGGACUUGGCUGGGGAGAGGUUCUUGAGAGAGUUGGAGGCAGGGUCGAGCUGCCCCAAUGGCCACCCUUUGACCUCGCGACCUUGAGCGCAGCAGCGACGGAGAAGCUCACCAACUUACCGCCCAGGCCAUCUUCGCCCGUACAACUGGAUCCCGAUAUCGCCGAGGAAUUCAGGGAUCACUAUCUCCGACAAUCCAAGAAGGUCAGGUCCGCUGUGGACAAGUGGUUGAACGUGUGUUCUGAGGCGCCUGCACCGCCACCGACAGAUGUUGACGAUGAGACACUCACCUUCGCCAUCUUGACCAGUCUUGAAACCGAAGAACGUCCAUACUUCAACGCCCUUCUAGCUGGGUCACACGAGUUGAAGCCCGAUGUCAGAGCCCCUACGCCGAACGUGCGUAAGCCUCGUUCAGACUUUAUCGUCAAGUUAGGGCUGUCACUACAGCGUCUAUACAAGUUGUCUCAGACUCCUCGUGAUGCCGAGGUCGCCAUGUAUCUCGUCAAGAACCCGUUCCACCACGACUUGCUUGUCACCAUCCACGAUAUUAGCCCACAGGAAUGGGAGAUAUUGACUUCCGGUCGCUUUGAUGGGUUUUUGUGGUCCGGAGCAGACGGCGAUGACGGCACCACGCCGACAGCAGAAUACCCCAACUCUCGCGGUGGAACUCCCGCAUCCGGUUUCUUCUCGCCUCCAACUUCGCGACCAGGCACAGGCAUGUCACGUCAAGCGCCUGGGCUUGGCGCCUCGAGAAACACGACGCCUUUCUCAGGCAUGUACAGCCGCGGCGCGACGCCUGCGUCAUUCGUCUCGCUGUCCUCCUCGGCAACACAAGGACACAACCGACAGGCCGUAUCGCACGACGAGGAGCUUGAGAUCGCCGUCCUCGCCGAAGUCGAACGCGAGAUCUACCAAGGCAUGGAAGCUCUCGAGGACGCAUUCGAGAAACUCCACCAUCGUGCGGAAAUGGUCCGGAUAGCCCUGCGGCAGCGCAACACCGGUCUUAUGAUGAGUAUGCAGCAGCGAAGAGCAGGCCCCUCGGUCCUGCCGCAGAGUGGCGGCAGUGUUAACGGCUUCGACCGCCCUUACUGGGCCACGGGCGAGGAUGAGAGUGAGAGUGAUUGGGGCGGUGAUGAUAUGGAGAGUCUGGCGCCUGAUGAUUCGGCAAGCAAUAUCAGUAGUAGCAGACACCGUAGGCCGAAGCGCAGGACUGAGCGCAGGACACCGGCGCCCAUCGAGGAAGAUGACGAAGAGAACUAG